AUGGAUCCAGACCCCCUUCCUAUUCAUGUUAUAAGUGAUAGACAAGUUCAGAACUUGCUUGAGGAAACUAAAACGCAUGAAUUACGUAUUUGUGUAUCAAGCAUUAGCAAGAUGAGAACGGUUUCAGAGGAAGGGAAAGAAGAUGAUGAAGGGGAUGAAGCUGAUGAGGGGGAUGAUGAUUUGGCUGAAGAUGAAAAUUAUGAUGGGGAGAAGGAUAAUGGGGAGGAGGAUGCUGAUAUCCAUGAUGUUGCUGAAGUGGUUGAUGAUGCUGAGGAUUACAGUGAGCAUGGAAAAGUUAAAGAUGAGGAUGAGAAAGAGGAUGUUGAUAUGUGUUUUGAAGAUUUCAAGGGGACAUAUGGUAGUGAAGGAGGAAGAUUGAAUGCUAACAAUAUCUAUGUCAACCAGAGUUUUGCUAGUAGGGAUGCGCUGGUUUCAGAGUUGCGGUUGAUAGUGGUGAGGCGUAGGUUCUCCUUGAGAAUAUACAAGUCAACGAAAACUCUCCUUGUGGUAACAUGUCGUGUUAAUGGUUGUGGAUGGAAGAUCAGAUCGAGUGUGAAACAUGGGACAAACACAUUUUCGAUAACCAAGUAUGUGGAAAUUCAUACCUGUUCUGUGGCAGAUAGAAUCGCUUAG